UGAAGUCCAUAGCAAUAACGAUCUUGUCGACAAAGGCUUUUAAGUAUCCCCAAACUCCUAGCACCGCCACCUCCGUUCCCUCGCCGCUCUCCGCCGCGCCGUCGGCCUUCUACUCCUCGUAGCACUCUCUCCACCGCCGUUUUAUUUGUUUACUGUUUGAUGACUGGCCUCUCAAUGUUUUCAAUAACAGAGACUAUGGGCAAAAGGGUUAAGUAGUAACAGCUCCAUUGUUCUAGAAUGAGGAUGCUCCUGAUUAACCGAGGGUUAUUAUAUAAGUCCCAGCUCAAAUCCUUUCACCUGCAUAAGUUUUGUAAGAGAUUCACGUUUUCAGAUAACGGACCCUCCGAUGUGCUAAAGGGGUCUGUUUCUUUUGUUAAUAUGGGAAAUAACAACCCCUCCGAUGAGGGAGAAAGGGCCGUUUGUUAUGCUAUUGCAGGAGGGGGUCAAAGUUCGAGAGGAUUUGGAAGUGUUAGACAAGGGGUUGAUAAUGUGAUUCAAAUUCUACAGAGUGGUCCUUGGGGACCUUCCAUAGAGAAAUCUUUGUCUUUGUGUGACGAUAAACCCAAUACAGAUAUGGUCAUUGGUGUCUUGAGGAGGUUGAAGGACAUUGAUUUAGCUGUGAACUAUUUUAGGUGGGUUGAGAGGAUGACUGAUCAAGUGCACUGUCCGGAAGCAUACAAUUCACUCCUUAAAGUAAUGGCCAGGAGUAAGAAACUUGACUGGUUUGAACAUGUUUUGGCAGAAAUGAAUCUCGCUGGAUUUGGCCCAUCUUUUGAAACUUGUGUGGAGCUAGUGUCCAGCUUUGUGAAGAGUCAAAGACUGAAAGAAGCCUUUGAUCUUAUCCAAACGAUGAGAAAGUUUAAAUUCCGCCCGGCAUUUUCUGCGUACACAACUCUUAUAGGUGCACUAUCUACAGUUCAUAAGCCCGAUAGCCCGGAUCUCAUGCUAACCCUCUUUAAUCAGAUGCAGGAAUUAGGAUAUGAAGUUAGUGUACAUUUGUUCACAACUUUGGUUCGUGUAUUUGCCCGGGAGGGCCGAGUUGAUGCUGCCCUCUCCCUGUUAGAUGAGAUGAAGAGCAAUUCCUUUGAUGCUGACAUUGUUCUCUAUAAUGUGUGUAUAGACUGCUUUGGCAAGGUUGGCAAAGUAGACAUGGCUUGGAAAUUCUUCCACGAGAUGCAAUCCCACGGCCUCACACCUGAUGAUGUGACCUAUACUAGCAUGAUAGGAGUACUUUGCAAAAGUAAUAGACUGGACGAAGCUGUUGAGUUGUUUGAGCAGAUGGAGCAGGAUAGGACUGUUCCCUGUGCAUAUGCUUAUAACACAAUGAUCAUGGGUUAUGGAUCUGUUGGAAAGUUUGACGAAGCCUAUAAUUUGCUAGAUAGGCAAAGAUCAAAGGGGUCCAUACCAAGUGUGAUAGCUUAUAAUAGUCUUCUUACUUGCCUUGGGAAGAAAGGGAAGGUAGAAGAGGCAUUAAGAAUGUUUGAGGAGAUGAAAGACAAUGCUAUGCCUAACCUUUCUACAUAUAACAUUCUAAUAGACAUGCUCUGCAAGGCUGGAAAACUUGAUGCUGCUUUUGAAAUUCAGAAUGCCAUGAAGGUAGCUGGCUUGGUUCCGAAUGUAAUGACUGUUAACAUCAUGAUUGACCGAUUGUGUAAGGCUAACAAACUUGACGAAGCAUGUUCUAUUUUUGAAAGCAUGGAUCAUAAAGUCUGUAUCCCAAAUAAAAUUACAUUUUGUUCUCUGAUAGAUGGCUUGGGUAGGCACGGCAGAGUAGAUGAUGCUUACAGAUUAUAUGAACGAAUGUUAGAUUCUGAUUUAAUACCAGACGCAAUUGCAUAUACAUCCCUCAUAAAGAACUUUUUCAAGACUGGCAGAAAGGAGGAUGGACACAAGGUCUACAAGGAAAUGGUCCGGCGAGGCGUUUCUCCUGACCUUACACUACUUAAUACCUAUAUGGAUUGUGUAUUCAAAGCUGGUGAAACAGAGAAAGGCAGAGCUUUAUUUGAGGAGAUUAAGGCUCGAUUUUCUCCAGAUACACGGAGUUAUUCAGUACUAAUCCAUGGCCUCAUAAAAGCAGGCUUUGCUCGUGAGACAUAUGAGCUAUUCUAUGCAAUGAAGGAACAGGGAUGUGUACUGGAUACUCUUGCGUAUAACACUGUAAUUGAUGGAUUCUGUAAAUCAGGUAAGGUUAAUAAAGCUUACCAGCUUCUAGAGGAGAUGAAAGCAAAGGGCCUCCUAACUACUGUGGUUACUUACGGUUCUGUUAUUGAUGGACUUUCUAAGAUUGACAGGCUUGAUGAAGCCUACAUGCUCUUUGAAGAAGCAAAAGCAACUGGUGUGGAGUUAAAUGUAGUGGUGUAUAGCAGUCUUCUGGAUGGAUUUGGGAAGGUGGGUAGAAUUGAUGAAGCAUAUCUAAUUAUGGAAGAAAUGAUGCAAAAAGGUUUAAUGCCAAAUGUUCAAACAUGGAAUUGCUUGCUUGAUGCACUUGUGAAGGCAGAGGAAAUAGAUGAAGCCCUCGUCUGCUUCAAUUCGAUGAAAGACUUGAAAUGCACACCCAAUGCCAUAACAUAUAGCAUACUCAUAAACGGGCUCUGUCGGGUUCGGAAAUUUAACAAGGCCUUCGUGUUUUGGCAAGAAAUGCAAAAACAAGGGAUGAAACCCAAUACAAUCACAUACACCACCAUGAUAUCUGGGCUUGCCAAGGCUGGUAAUAUAUUGGAGGCCGAUAAACUCUUUGAGAGGUUCAAAGGAAAUGGAGGUAUACCUGAUUCUGCUUGCUAUAAUACUAUGAUAGAAGGGUUGAGCCUUGCAAAUAAGGCAAUGGAAGCAUAUCAGUUGUUUGAAGAAACACGGUUGAAGGGUUGUAAUAUAUACACCAAAACUUGCGUAAUACUUUUGGAUUCAUUACAUAAAGCUGAAUAUCUCGAGCAGGCAGCAAUUGUGGGUGCUGUAUUGAGAGAAACGGCCAAGUCACAGCAUGCAGUAAGAUCCUCGUAACAUUAUGAGUGUCUUAUUGUCAAUGAUAAAGUUAGCGUUUCACUUUGGUUUUUGUACCUCUCGACUAGCCAACAAAUUAUAAGUGGAUGGGCUAACACUGGCUUGUGAACAUUCAUUAUACCAGCAAUUCUGUCAAAUUAUUGCACUCGGUUCCCAUGGAAGAACGUUUUAGUCCAUUUUUCAGAUAUCACAAAUUCGCUUCUCAUUAUCUGUUGACCGUCUUCCCUUGUAUCUUCAUUGAUAUCUCCUGUUAAAAUAGUUAAGAACUCGAACUUUGUGUUCUACAGCUCCUAGUCAGUCCACAUUCUCGUUGUCUGACCAUACAGAAGUACAUGCAUAGACAUUACACAUAUUCAAUACCAUACAUCCUUUGCAAGACCAUGGGAAUAGAUGGACCAAUAGACGGUCUCACAUUUCCUUCUUUUCUGGGGGUUGCAUGGGGCGUGGGGUGGGGGGCUCAGGGUGAUCUCCCUUUUUGUGGGAAACCUUGCAUGUUUUGGAGUUGUUUCAGUUGGCCGCAUGCUGUCAUGCUUCCAUCUCUGCUCAUCUGCGGGAUGGUAAACACUCGAAGAAAAGUUUGUCUGUUGUUGGGAGUCAAAGUUCGAGAAGUUGGUGUACGAGGAGUCUCACUACUAGCCUUUCAUUUGUAUCAAACAUUUCUUGUAAUUUCUUUAUUUAUACCUUCAAUAAUUGCAUGCUAGCAGGCGUGCACACACAAAAGAGUAUUUUUGUUGUCAAUUCUUUAUGCUUCCCAGGAAUAAUUUUAUGAACUUUUAGACGGCAUCAUUUGUAAUGUUUCUUGAAACUUUCUUGUUCAUGAGCUGGUAAUUGAACUUA